AUGGCAGCAGAAGUAAUCAAGUCGGCUAUUGUACCGACGAAUUCCCCUUCGCCACUAAAUGUGUUGAUGGUCGGAACAGGCGAAUAUACCACUGGGUUUGUCGGUGGUGGUGCUUCAGGAUCGGAUAAGAAGGUAGGAGUUGUCGGCUUGACUCUAUUUGAUCUCCGAAGGAGGGGAAAGGUGGCUAAACUGAGCAUGGUGGGAACAAACGGGACCAAAUUCCCAGCUAUCAGACAACAUCUCGAUGUUAAUAUCUCCAAAAUCUACAAUGGUUUGGACUGCUCCUUCGACUCCUAUCCGGAGAACGAAGUCAAGGACCCCGAUGCUUACAAGGCUGCUAUUGAUGCCUUGAAACCAGGUGACGCCAUUACUAUAUUCACCCCAGAUACGACGCAUUAUCCGAUCGCUCUAUACGCAAUUGAGCGUGGAAUACAUGUCUUAAUAACCAAGCCUGCUGUGAAGACAUUAGAACACCACCAAGGCCUAAUAGAGGCUGCUAAGAAGCAUAAUGUAUAUGUUUACAUCGAACACCAUAAGCGAUUUGAUCCAGCGUACUCAGACGCUAGAUACAAGGCGCAGAAGCUCGGCGACUUCAACUAUUUUUAUAGCUACAUGUCGCAACCAAAGUCUCAACUAGAAACCUUUAAGGCGUGGGCUGGUGUCGACUCGGAUAUCUCAUACUAUCUUAACAGCCACCACAUAGAUAUCUGCGACUCGAUGGUCUCACAACUCGGGUUUGUUCCAAUAAAGGUUACGGCCUCAGCUGCGAAAGGUAUUGCUACUAGUCUUGGAUGCAACGAGGCCACCGAGGACACCAUCACGGUUAUGGUUACCUGGCAGAAACAAGGUGACACGAGUAAAGUUGCUACGGGGGUUUACACAGCAUCUUGGACUGCACCCCAGAAGGCCGGCGUACACUCCAACCAAUACUUCCACUACAUGGGAUCAAGUGGCGAGGUUCGUAUUAAUCAGGCUAAGCGUGGGUACGACGUCGCGGACGAUAGUGCAGGUCAGCUUAUGUGGUACAACCCAUUCUAUAUGAAAUACGCACCCGACGAAGAGGGCAACUUCGGAGGCCAGACCGGAUACGGCUAUAUCUCCUUCGAGAAGUUUGUAGAUGGAUGCCGAGCGGUGAACUCAGGGGCACUCAAGCCUGCUGAUCUGGAUGCGAGAGGACUUCCAACGCUGAACAACACAAUUGCGACAACAGCCAUCCUAGAGGCCGGUCGGCGUAGUAUAGAUGAGGACAGAGAGAUCAAGAUUGAAAUCAAGGAUGGCUUCUGGAAGUUGGUAUAA